AUGAUUAUUCGUGUAUGUCUCAUUUAUCAAGACCUCUUUGGUGAUCACUAUCCAGCUGUUCAAGAGGCAAGUGAAGGUAUUAGAGGAGGAGAUGGAGAAGGAGAGCCACUAACAAAACAACUACAUUAUGUGCAGGAGGGACCCCACGUCGAGAUAUCGAAUGGUAUCUUUAUUGAUUACUUUGAUAGGUUGGUCGCUGAGGACCAAGAGGAAGAAUUGGUUAUGGGAGAUUUGGAUUCUCAAGAUAGGAAUUGGCAGAAUGGUUUAAUAAUGGAUCUAUUAUUACCACCAGAUCAAGCAAGUGGUGAUUGUCAAUGGAAUCAUUUACAAGUAGAUUGGAUAGAGAAUCAACAAGUUAGAGAUUGGUGUGUAAAUGGAGUUACACUAAAUAUAAUCAACAAUAAUAAUAAUAGUAAUAUUAAAGUGAUACCAGAGAAAUCAAAUUCACCAGCUACUUUUAAACAUAAAAAUUUUAUGUCGUCGUUAAUCAGUAAAUUGGUGGAUUCAAAAGUAAUCAGUAUAGUUAAUAGAUGUCCGUUAGCAGUGGAACCUUUGCACAUGAAUGGUGUUACACUAAGCAUGAUCAAUAGUAGUGGUAGUAAAGUUAUACAAAAGAAAUCGUUUAAAUGUAGCUGCAUAUCAACAGUAUCUAGUUUACAAUUAAUCAUGUCAGAGGAAGUAGCAAAAUCAUUUGUGUUUAAAGAAUCUAGAGACGAUCAACUAUACUCUGCAUUGAUAGAAAUAAUCUACAAAUCUUGCAUUAUACAUAUGUUAUUUACAGAAUUAGCCUUGGUAAUAAAGACAUAUAUAGUAAUAAUGUUAGAUAAUGUUAUAAUAAUUAGUGAUAUAAAUAAAGUCAACGUGAUAUCACUUUUAGUUUCAUCCACAUCAAGCAUCGUUUAUCUAUCUUAA